AUGGCCGUGGUGUGCGACAUUCCCGGGGUGCUGCUGAAGGGGGCUUUCCCAAUGAGUUCCAUCGACGUGCGCGUGCUGCCAGGUCGGAGGUGCUAUGAUGCGGAAGUGGAAGCAAUCGUCGAGGACCACUGGCAGGCAACACUCCGGCAGAAGCCACAGCUGUUCGAUGGCGUUGUGUGGUGCUUGGUUUCCUACAAGGUGUGUAUGGGAGAAGUGGCACCGUGCCUCUUACUGGAGAUGCAGGAAACGAGCUUCAAGUACGUCAUCUACACGCAUCUGUCCGAUGCUGGGAAGCAGAUGGAUGCUGCCAGGCGCUCUGGGGCCUGCGGGCUGAUGGCGCUCACGGAGACGGCAGAUGGGCUGCUGGUCUUCGGCCAACGAUCGCAGUACGUUGGCGCUUUUCCUGGCUACUUCCACUGCGAGCUCAAAGAGGAGGUCGGCGUGGUCUGGGCCGGCGUCAGUCGCUGCGAGUUCUACGCCCUCUUGGACACCGGCGCAGAGCAGGGCCACAAGUACGAGUUUGUGUUGUACCUUCGGCUCGCCCUCUCCGCCAGCGACGUCUUCAGGCUGUAUCAGAGCGCCAUCGACAAAAAGGAGCACGAGGCCUUCCUCUUUCUGCAGCCUGGGUCCAACACGGCAAGGCCUGUGGCCCCAACUGGCCUGCCCGUCGUCAGCGUUGACGACUUCCUGUCUGGAGGCUACCUCAUCACAGACGUCGCCCGGAGAGCUCUUCAGCUUUUUCAUGCCGAAGACUACAAGACCUGA